AUGCCUCAAAACAUCCUCAUCACAGGAGCCGCUGGCUACAUUGGUGGCUCAAUCAUUGCUGAUAUCCUCUCACGAAAAGAUGGGACUCUAAAGGCCGCCAAUUUGUUCGCGGCUGUUCGAAGCCAAGAACAGGUUGAUAAGAUAGCCAAAAUCGGAGUCCAAACCAUUCAGCUCGAUUUGACCGACAAGUUGGCUGUUGAAGAAGUAGUUACCGAGAACGAGAUCAAUCUCGUCGUCCACACAGCGAGUGGUAUGCACCCGGCCAUAACCUCAAACUUACUCAGUGCUUUGGGAGGACGCCGUCAGGCCAGUGGUUCAAAGACGUACUUAAUUCAUUCAUCCAUUGCAACUAUGUUCACCGAGGAAGGUGGCUGGCCUUACGGCGAAAUCAAGGACAGCGAUCCCAUCCUGGUCAAGGAAAAGGAGAUUGGGUUUGAUAACCCUGUACGAGCAACCAACAGGGUUCUUGCCGAAGAAGGCAAAGCACAGGGCGUAGAGACGUUCAACGUUGCUGUUCCCAUGACUUAUGGCCGUGGCAGCGGAGAGUGUAGGAAGCUCUCAGUGAACAAUCCAGCCAUGAUUCGAACAAGCAUCAAACUCAAGACAGUCCAUAAGUUCGAUAAAAACGGACACUUUGGUACUGUCCAUAUCUCCGAUCUGACUGACAUCUACGUCCGAAUCGCUAGCAAAAUUCUCAAGGAUGAGCCCAUCGCUGUUGGUCACGAUCGCUAUUUCUUCGCAAUCGCCCACAAGGCACACUGGUGGAAUAUGAUGGAUAAGGUUGCUGAAGGGCUUUACUCUCGCGGCCUUGUGACAGACCCAGAGGUCAAGCUUUGGUCGGAUUAUGAAACAGCAGCUGAUAGUCUUGGCUUUCCACGAGCGUACGUUGGAGCCAUGACCACGCAUGGCGGCCAACUUAUUCCCACCAAUGUGUACGAGUUGGGAUGGAAGCCAAAGUGGGAUUCCGAAGAGAAGUUUCUCAACCAGAUUGAUGGUGAGAUCACGGAUGUUCAAGAGCUGGAUACUGUCAAGAUGUCUCUUUUCGACAGUCUUGUUGCGGAACAGUCCAAGUAA